GUUUGCAACCUUAUCUAUAACAUCCUUGAUUUGCUCUGUGAAGUUUCAGUGUUACAUAAAGACAUGGUCACUUUUAGGGGAAAUGUCUGAAAAACUAAGAAGAUGCAGAAAGGAGCUGACAGCAGCCAUUGACCGGGCUUUUGAAGGAGUCAUUCAUUCCCAGGAGUGCACAGGCCAGCAGAGGCUUGAGCUGGACCCAGCACCGCUUUCCUUCUCGCUACCCAUGCACAGGUUCCUCUGCAGAAGGCAUCCAUUGGCAGCCUGCUCCGCUGCUGCUCCUUUGGCUGCUGUCCCGUGUGCUCCUGAGAAUGAGAACCCAGCCUUUGGACCAAACCAUUUCCCAGUAGAUGCAAAACUACAUGCUUUAUGCCCCCAAAGAAAACCUCUGACCAGCAAGGAAAAUGUAUUGAAUUCCUCCGUUUUGGCACCUGAAAGACAGUUUUGGAGAGCUGCAGGAGAUGGGGAAAACUGGAGAAAAAGUUUAAGGAAAGAUAUGGAGAGAGAUUUGAAAGUUGACUCAAACAUGCUGCUCAACAGUUCUAGCCAAGAGGUCACAAAGGAUCUGCUUGAUGUGAUUGACCAUACAAGCAUCCGAACUAUUGAAGAAUUGGCUGGAAAACUGGAAUUUGAAAACGAAUUGAACCGUGUGUGCUGCCAAGAUUCACUCUUCAAGGAGGAAGCCUGGGCCCUACUCAUGGAUGAGAGCCCUCAGAAGGCCUUGGAUGCAGACCCUGGCAGUCUCAAGCAGGCUUUUGAUGAUCAUAAUAUCGUUGAGACUGUUCUGAACUUGGAAGAGGACUACAGUUUGAUGACCCCUUUUAAAUACCAAAUUGAAUGAGGACAGUUGAUUUUAGCUUUGGUUCUUCACAGCAGGAGGUUGCCCUGAAGGAGCCUGCGAGGAACAGUCACAGUGGUCAUCAGGAGGCACAUUUCUUAAGGGGUUGGCAGAACCUGAAUUAGCAUACCCUUUUAAACUCCCAGUUGUGUACCCUUUUGAGCUGAGAGCCUAGUUUUUUAAUUCUGUUGCUUUGAAAUGUUACCGACUUUUUUUUUUUUUUGGACUUAUCUUGACACCUUAAAUGUGUUUUUUUGGACUGAUACGAUAUUCAAUAUACCCAGUACCCAAAGUUAAGGUGCAGGUUGUGGGCC